CCUUCCUCACCUGGGUCUUCCCCUUCUCCUUCCUUCCCUCCCUCGCCCACUCCCCCUCCACCAUUCAGGGAGCCCCAAGCCCAACUCCGCAAAGCGAGGCAGCAGCAGCAGCAGCAGCAGGAGAGCCCCUUGGCAGCCGGAGGGGGACGGAAGAGGCAGAAGGGCAGCCAGGAGGGCACCCUCGAGAUCCGGUGAGUGACAUCAAGCCCUCAGCCAAGUCUACAUCCCUCAACACCUGCCUGUUUCUUGAGCCAGAUCUCUUUGUCAAGAGUGGGACAAAGCACUUACCUCUGGCCCUGGGCGAGGGCCCGUUUUCCUUGCUCAUCCCAUGGAGAAACAAAGAUGCAGUCUGAGAUUGAUUAAGACUCUCUGGAGUCUAGACUUUCAGACACAUGAAUUGCAAAGAGGUACCAGUGUCUGUUAGGGACAAGGCAUCAGAAAGGUCACUGUACCUAUCACUACAAACAUCUAAAUUUUCCCAGACUGACUUACAUCAAGGAGUAUCCAAGCAAGACCAUAUUCUGGAGGAAUAUGUGAAACUGAGGAUCUACUUGGCUGUGACUUAAGGAAGCACUGAUCCCACAGGUUCCCGCUGUGCAGGGAGGGAUGCUUAUUCUGCUCCAUGCCAUGAUCACCCCACUGCUCUCUGUCAUCCGUGCUGCCCCAAUCCCCAACACCAGUGCCCUCCAUAACAACACAGAUGUCUUCUGGUCUGAGAAUCCAGUACAGGACUGGGACCUCUUUUCUCCCCGUGUCACUCUUUCUCAUCGUGAACCUGAGGGACCUCCUUUGCUUUUCCUUAUGGAGGACUCCAAUGCCCAGACAGUGCAGACUGCUAACCAAACACUUAAGUCCAAACGGUCCCUGGACAGCUCUAUACGCCGGGGAGAGAUGUCGGUGUGUGACAGCGUCAACGUGUGGGUGACUGAUAAACGUACAGCUGUGGAUAUCCGUGGCAAAACUGUGACAGUGCUUUCAGAGGUCCAGACGCUUACGGGCCCGUUGAAGCAGUAUUUCUUUGAAACCAAAUGUAAUCCAGCUGGGGGCACGGUGGGUGGCUGCCGAGGUGUGGACCGACGCCACUGGAUCUCAGAGUGCAAGGCUAAACAGUCGUACGUAAGGGCCCUCACAGUGGAUUCUGACAAGAUUGUGGCCUGGCGUUGGAUCAGGAUUGACACCUCGUGUGUCUGCACCCUACUCACUCGCACGGGCCGGACGUAGGGAGGAAAGGAGGGGAUGUAGUGUGUGGUUUUCACGUUGGUUCAUCAAGACAUGUCCAACUCUCGAGGUUGUGCUCAUUCAUGGAUUGAUGUGUUUCCCUGGGCCAACAUGGCCAAGGAGUGUGUGCAGUAUUCUCGCUGGACAUGAGGAAGUGGUUGUGACCCUCCUGAUAAGGGCACUUGUCUGCAGUGCCUUCCUUCUCUUCAGCUCCAAUAAGUUUGGGGAUCUUAUAUUCACAGCGUACAUCACCAUGACUACAAUCUAUGGCCAUUUGUUGACUGGCGGAUGCUGGUAUAGUCAGGCAGCUUUUAUGGACUGGAAGGAGCAAUUUCUGUACUGGAUGGGAUAUGGCCUCAAAGACAUUGAUAGGUCCCUAGUGGUCAAAAGUGUCUUUGGACACUUGCUGUAGAGUCUUUCAGCCCUCUUGGCUUUCACUGCCUGUGCUCACCAAUUUUCCUUUUUACAGGCUUGCAAUGCAGAGUGGACCCUAGUUUUUGCUCCUCAGUCUCUAGGCUGCUAUAUCAGAAUCUUUCAAAUCACCUACUCUUGGAGAACCCUUUCCAUCUCAACACAUCUGCCAAGGAUUCCCACCAAGUGACAUAGGGAGUGGGGUUCUAGAGCAUGUUUUAGAGUGCAUUUUCUGUACACAUGAAAGCCACCUCUACUAGGCUUCAUUAUUGCCUUGUGCACAGUAAAUGUGUCCAGCAUUCCCUCUUAGCUGUGCAGUAGAGUGGGAAUCCAGUCAUUGUGAGAGGUUUGUCCACCAUUACCAACCUGUUAAUUGGAGAAUGGGAGACCGCUAACAAAUUCCUGAGCAAUCCUUGAAUUCUUUUGGAACACACUCUGGAGAAUCUGUGCAACGUGGUAUAGGUUUACUUCUGGUUUCCUUUCUUUUUUAUUCCAUUUGUUUUCCUCUCUUACAUAUUUAUUGCCUCCCUUCCCUCCCACUGCAGUCUGUGUCUCUGAUCCUGUUCUGUCAUUUUAAUUAUUAACUUAUUUGUGUACCUUCUCUAUGUGUGGGUAAUUUCUAGAAAAAUGUGUGUUUGGACACAGGGAGUGGAGUGGAGA